CAGAUCUGACGGGAAAAAGCAAAGUCGGCAGCCCCGAUUCUGAUUCACAAGUAAAUUAAAAGUAAACAGACAAAGAAAUAGCCAUGUCGAAUCCUUCGAAAGGUAAUCCAUUAAACGAAGCGACUGCUCCGUCCUACAAAUACUGCAAUGCCGCGGACUCUGUUGCGAUGCGUGCCCCUCCUCCCACGUAUGAGGAGAGUCAGCGGAAUAGUGGAGGGCAUCAGCCAUCCUACCCUGCGGCACCUGGACAAAAUCAGUAUUAUGGCAUGAUUAGUCAUAAUCAGCAGGCACCUGGGCCAUUCAAUACGCAGCCCGGUAUGCCCGUUCAUAACGGCACUGGCUAUGGCCUGGCUGGUCCGAGCACUUCGGCUGGAGCCGCGUCCGCACAUGUUCUCCAGUUGGACUCCCGAGCAGAGGUCAGGACCACACCUUCGGGCUCUGUAGUUAUUCCACCGCCACCGCCUGGAUGCCUGCCCACACCGGCACAGUGGGCGGCCAUGCAGGGCCAGGCGGUGGUCUUGAAGCAAAAGAAGCGUUCGUUUUUCUGAAUAUCCAAAAACUAUUCAUACGAAUGUAAUCUGAUGUUAAUCCUUAAUGUUAAUAAAUAAAACGAUACGUAUUUCUUUUCGUUCUCGCGUA